AUGGCACCCCCUUUCCAUGGCUGGGCGCAAGCUCAUCCUCUGUUUCAUUUCAUACUCUUCAGCAUGAUCCUUCCACUUGGCACAGCGUUGUCUCAAUUACGAGCGGACCUCUACAACACACCAGCCAUCCCCGCCAACGCAACCCUCCCCGACGGCUCGGUCGGACUAUGGCAGCCCACCGUCGUGACCCUGAUAUCCGGAGAAAAUGAGGCAGUGCUCAUCGACACCCUCUUCACGACCGAGCAAGGCGUCGCUCUAAGCGACUGGAUCGAAGAAACCAUCCCGGACAAGCGCCUCACCACGAUCUACAUCACCCACGGCCACGGCGACCACUGGUUCAACAUACCAUACAUGCAGACCCGCUUCCCAGGCGUAGAGAUCGUAUCGACGAAGGACUCGAUCGAGCACAUGGUCACGCAAAUAACGCCCGAAAUGCGCACCUUCUGGACGGAGCUGUUCCCGAACCAGAUCGACGAGCAGUCCUUCCAGAUCCUGGCCGAGCCCCUGGGGGACAACAAGUUCACCCUCGAGGGCCACACCUUCGCGGCCGUGGACGUGGGACACUCAGACACGGACGAGACCACGUUCCUCUGGGUGCCCGCGCUGAAGAUGGCGGUCGCCGGAGACAUCGUCUAUAACGACGUGCACAUGUGGAUGGUCGAGUCAACCCUGCAGAGCCAGAGGGACGCGUGGGUGCGGUCGCUGGACGAGGUCGCGGCUUACAUCCCCCAGAUCGUCGUCGGCUCCCAUCAUAGGCCGGGGGGCGUGGAUGGGGCGUUCAAUAUUGAGGCUUCGAGGCUGUAUGUUGAGACUUUUGGCAGGUUGGUGGGCGAAUCGAAGAGUGCGGAGGAGCUGUAUGACAAGGUUUUGGAUGCAUAUCCGAAUCGCCUAGUUAGGCUGGUCUUGUGGCUGAGCUGCCAGGCUGCCUUUCCAUCGGAAUGA